AUGUUAACUAUCUUCCUGCUCAUCUUAUUUUCUCUCUUAAUCACCUUAAAAUUCUGGAGACAUGGAAGGUUCCAGAAGCAACGAAGCCAACAGCAGCUGCCUGGUCCAACUUCACUGCCGUUCAUAGGCAACCUGCAGGACCUGAGACAGCAAAAUCUCCACAUCCACCUCACCAAAUUGGCCAAGAGAUUCGGGCCAAUCUACAGACUGAGGACAUGGAGACAAGAAAUCGUUGUGCUAAACAGUACGGAACUGAUUAAGGAGGCACUGGUGAAGAGAUCGUCAGACUUUGCUGGGCGACCUGAGACAUUUAUAGGAAACUUCAUAUCGUUCGGUGGGAAGGACCUGUCCCUCGGAGAUUACACCACAGCCUGGAAGAUCCAGAAGAAGUUGGCUCACAAUGCGAUACAGCGGAGUCGGAGUAUGGGCCUUGAGUCUGUGGUGGAACAAGAGGCUCAGAGACUGUGUGAGGCAUUCCAGAGCUACGUGGGGGCGCCAGUGUACACAACUAAAGAUUUCUCCAUGUCCAUCUGUAAUGUCAUCGCCACCCUAAUCUUUGGCACAGCGUAUGAGAAGAAUGAUCCCGAGCUGCAGAAUAUACAUGACUGCUUGGUGGAACUGGUCAGUCUCUGGGGGUCUCCCUCGAUCAGCCUUCUCGACUUAUUUCCCAUUCUGCAGCAUUUUCCGAAUUCUGCCUGGAAGGAUUUUCAAAAGGCAGUGGAGAAACGAGAUUCCUUCGUGCGGCAGCAGAUUGAGAGGCACAAGGUGGGUGAGCACCGUUCCACAAAAUGUGCUUUGACAAUCCGAACAACCACAAAAGAUCGCCUCCUACUGCACCGGAAGGGCAUUGCGGGGUGGAAGAGCUACGGAGCAGGUGUGGGCGCGGCGGAGGCUUCAACUGUUGGGGGCGGUGGGGGCGUGGUUGAGCGCGGCGGGGGUGUGGUUGAGCGCGGCGGGGGUGUGGAGACAUUUCAGAAGGGGAAGAUCCGAGAUAGCACGGAUGCGCUGAUGAAGUAUUUCUGGGAGCAGGACAAAGGCACCACCGAGUUGGGGGAGGUGACAGAGGAACAUAUUCACAUGGUGAUUGUGGACUUGUUUGUGGGCGGAACAGAAACAACAUCUUCCACUCUGGGCUGGGCAAUCGCCUUCCUGAUUCAGAGGCCAGAGAUUCAGGACAGGAUUUACCGUGAAAUAUGCGACCUGGUCGGAGAUGAUUGUUACCCAACCUACGCCGACAAGAGGGAGCUGCCCCUUCUGUCUGCCACCAUUGCUGAGGUUCUGCGGCUGAGACCUGUGGUCCCCCUGUCACUGCUGCACCGCACAACCUGUGACACGAGUGUUGCAGGUUAUUUUAUUCAGAAGGGAACUAAUGUCAUCACCAACCUUUUUGGAGCUCAUCAGGAUGAAAGCAAAUGGACGGAUCCAGCAGAAUUCAGACCAGAACGUCUCUUGGAGACAGAUGAUGCCGAGACGUCCGUGCAGAGUGUCAUCUCUUUCGGGGCUGGCGCUCGAACCUGUCUGGGGGAACCCAUAGCUCGGGUGGAGCUCUUCCUUUUCUUGGCGUAUCUCCUGAAGGAUUUUCAGUUCCUGCCAGCGAAGGACGGACAUCUCCCGGACCUCCAGGGACAGCCUGGAAUUCUGCUCAAAGUCAAACCCUAUCGCGUAUCGAUUGUACGCAGAUCAGCUCUUAAACACAAUGAAUACUGA